AUGAAAGGAAGAGCCAAAACUCAGAUAUGUUACAAGAGCAAAGAUCUGGUGCGAUUAAAAACACAAUCUUGCUUUGUUCAUAGAUCUGUAACAAAACCAAGGCCAUGGAUGAUGAGAAGUGAAACUGCGAGACAUAGCACGAUGCUAGAGGUUUGUAACAAAACAUGGAUGAUAGUCUAG